AUGAAAUAUUUCAUUAUAAAACUAACAUCUAUUUUAUCAAUAUUUUUUAUGAUAUUAUUAACCGGAAACAUUCCUAUACAUGUAAAAUCAUAUAAAGAAAAUACUCGAUUAAUAUCAUUAUCAUCUUCAUUUACAGGAGGUUUAUUUUUAUCGAUAGGAAUAUUAUAUUUAAUACCUUAAUCCUAAGAAAAUUUAAAUUAGCAUUACCUAAGAAAGAUUAGAAUAUUUAAAGGAGGAUUAUAUAAAAUAAAAAAAUAAAAAAUUAUUUAAUAAUAAAAAGAUGAAAUAAAUGAAAUGUAUAAUUAAAUGCCCGAACAUUUUUAAUAAACAUUAUAAAAAAAUAAACAUAAAUUAAGCUAAGAAUAAUAUACUACAUCUGAAAUGUUAUAAAAUAAAGAUGAAAUCUCUUUAAAAAUGAGUAUAUCGAAAUAAAGUAAUUAAAUAUAAAAUAUACUUUAAUAAAAUAAAUGA